AAAGCAUUUGCAAAACUAUGGUCGACACAGUUUUCUUGUUGUUUGAAGCGAGCAUCAGCACAGAAAAACAAAGAUGGAAUUCAAAUCUCGAGUUUUCGUCUGCUUAUUAGUUGUCGGUGCUGUAGCCGUGUCAUGCUUCGGGCAGAAGUCGAAAACUAAUAAUAACAAUGGCGAUCGUGUUCCCUACGGAAUAGGCAAGUUGACUUGGGCGGAAUAUGCACUUCUUGAAGACUCUGUUAAAUAUAUCGUCGGUCCACACGCCCCGGUAACUCCUGAAAUACUUGCCUUCGCUGAAUCUCAACCAGGUAUACCCAGAAACUUCCAUGAAAUGAUGCUUUACAUGCCAUUUUACUUUAGCCAGGCCAGACAGAUUGGUUUGAAGCCAGUUCCAAAUGCCUACAAUGAGGGCAUUGAAAACCCAGCUAAUAUUGAUACGAUUGUCAACCGAAGAGCAACACAGUGGUGGGUCAACAAUGGAUAUGUUAGCCAAACUGGUAAAGAUUAUAACUACGGCGUUUAAUUAAAAGGUUUUCAAUGACUUUAUUCCCAAAACAUUUGUUGGUAAAAACAAUUAAAAUCAUUGCAAAAAGUGAAAAGCUGGAUAUAGAUAUCGCAUACACGAGAAGAUGGCAUCUUGCAUCAAGUUAUAUAUAGUUAUACAUAAUUCACCAAAUUUAUUUAUCCACGCCUAAUUAUUUUAACCUUGUAUAACAUCAUGAUUUAUAUAAUUGUAGUAAAAUAAAACAACAUUUUAUCAUA